AUGCAAUAUUAUGGGGCUCCGCCAGCUCCGGAACGUGGUCCAGAAGGUAGAUAUUUCAAAGAAUUCUAAUAUAUAACUUUUCAAAAAUUUUGUAGUUUUUGUAAAUUUAAAGGUUCUUUAGGUAUUAAAAAAGUCUUGUCGCCAAUGUGUAUAUAUUUGCUCGGUUAAAAACGACAAAACUUUUUGGCUGUUUGAUUUUGGGUUUUUUCCUUUACUUUUUCUUAUUGUUUUUUUUUAAUUUUUUAAGGUUUCAAUGAUUGAACAAAUUUAGGCUUUAACCGCUCAGCCUCAGGCUACGAGCCUCCGCCGCCAAGUUACGAGCAUCCACCUCCGAGCUACAAUCAGCUAAACUACGAUCCAGCUUCGUAUGCUCCAUGUGAAGCUGUUGCAGCCGUUCCAAGGCCAAAAAUCGAGACUUAUGCUGAAUUUGAGGGGCAUUGUCAACCAGUUAGCUAUGAUGAAUAUGGAAGAUCAGCGGAAUCGGCCGGCUAUGUUGAAUAUCAAAGAGAAAAGGCUUUGGCUGGCUAUGGUGAAUAUGAAAGAGAGAAGGAUCUUGCUGGUUAUGAAGAAUAUAAAAGAGAAAAGGAAAAGAAUGCCCAUGAGGUACCCAAGGAGAAGCCGAAGAAGCAGAUUAAGAAGGAGAUCAAGCAAGAAAUUGUGGAUGAAUUGCCGAGAAAGAAGAGGAAAUACACUAAGAGAAAGAAUUUCUUGGAGAAAGAAGCUGAAAAACUUGAAAAAACUCCCAAAAAGAGGGGAAGAAAGAAGAAAGGUAAGGGUUUUUCUUGUGUUAUUUCAAUUUUUAGGGAUGGAUUUGAUGUUUUUGGAUGUUAAAGCGUAAAAUACGGAUUGAACGUGAUGUUUCUAUACAUAAACCUAGAGAUUACGGCAUGAAUUUCACCUUUUACAAUGUGUUUUUUCGAUUUAUUUUAGGUUUUUGGAGGUUACGUUAGCUUUUCUGGCCAAAGAUUUUGAUUUUAAAGGUUUUCCUUCAAAUUUUAGGUAUAAAUCAAAUUGAAAAUUAAUUUCUAAAUAUUUUAAUAAGUUGUAGAUCCAAGCGCUCCAGAAUCUCCACAAAAAACGGAGCCAAAAGACCUGUACAAAGUGUCGCAAUACAAAAAACAUCGAGAUCGCAUGUCAUAUCCGGUAAGUUUUGAUGGUUUUAGCCUGUUAGACUACGUUUUAUAGCGUUUCUUUCACUUUAUAGGUUCUUAUAUUAUAUUAUACUACAUAUUCUGAUAUUUUAGAUAACAUUUUAUUAAUUUUCUAGCUAUUUUUUGACCAAUAACAUCCUUUUAAAGCCAAAAAAUUGAAAUUUUUCAGAAAAACACCUUCCUUCUUCGCUAUUCUGACCUAGAACAGAAUGAUCGUGACUUCAUUUGGCUGGUCGAUAAUCACCAACUUCUUCUCAAGUUUGUUCGUGAUUCUCACAAGACUUCCGAACUGACAACGGAUGAGGAAAAGACCAAUGACAUCAAAAGGCAUUACUUGCGAACGGAUCGGGUGAGUAACAUGGGAGUUUUUGAGAAGUUUCAUCGACUGGUCGAUCAGUUUUUGAAUUUUUUUUUCGGUUGAUAAAGGAAGCUAGAGGUUUUUUACAGCUAAUGGGGUCUGUUGUGAUAGCUUUGACGCAUGUUAUCAUUUAUAAAAUUUAAGUUUAAAAUCAUACAGUCAGUUUGAGAAAGGUUUUAUGAGCUUUUUGAGGAGUUUCGUCGACUGGUCGAGUAACUUCUGAAUUUUUUGUGGUUGAUGAAAGAAGCUGGGAGUUUUUUAUUGUUAUUAAGACAUGUUCUGAUUGCUUUAGGACUUGUUUUAAUUUAAAAAAUUUAUGUUUAAGAUUGGAAGCUCAGUUUGAGCAAGGUUUUACGAGGUUUUUGACGGUUUUCAUCGACUGGUCGAUAAAUUUUUUAUAUUUUUGGGUUUUAUAAGGCAGCUAGAAGUUUUGUAAAGCUAAUGCGGUAUGCUGUAUUAGCUACAAGGCUUGUUGUCAUAUGGAAAAUUUAAGUUUAAGGCCUUAUAGUCAGUUUAAGAAAGGUUUCACGAGGUUUUUAACGAUUUUCAUCGACUAGACGAUAAAUUUUUGAUUUUUUCGGGGUUGGUAAAGAAAGCCAAGGCUUUUUUACAGCUAUUACGGUAUGUUGUAGUAGCUGUAAGGCUUCUUAUCAUUUAUAAGAUUUAAGUUUAAGACCUUACAGCCAGUUUCACCAAGGUUUUAUGAGGUUUUUGGCGAUUUUCAUCGACUGGUCGAUAAAUGUUUGAACUUUUAAUUUUAUCUACGGUAGAACAAGCUUUUUUUACAAUAAUAUAGAGAUUUUUUGCAAUGGUAGACCUAGUGGAAUAUUAAACAAAUUUUAAAAACAUCUUACGAUUUGCUCUGUUUUCAGUACACGGGCUGGUUCUGCCACGAAUACUGGGACUACCUCGACUUUUCGGAUCGAAUCACAGUGGAUGGAUCAACGAAAAUCAGUGUGAAUUAUCCUAGCCGUGGCGAAAUUGAGGCCAAGAGGGAGGAGUUGAUGAAGCGACGUGAACUGGAAAAGAAAAACGAAGAAAAUGAAGAUGAAAAUACAAAAGAUGAUGAUGAGAAUACAAAGGAUGGAGAUAAUGAAGAUGAGAAUACAAAAGAUGGGGAAAAUGAUGAGGAGAACACGAAAGACGGAGAAAACUAUGAUGAUAAUACAAAGGAUGAAGAUGGUAAUAUAAGAGACGAAGAUGACAACACAAAAGACGUGGAAUACAAGGACGAAGCCUCGAAUUCUCCGGAAGAAAACAGCAACGACGCAGCCGAAAUUGUGGUAUUCGAAUGUCAAUACGAAGAGAAAAAGGACGAAUGA